CCAGGCGGGUUGUCAUGCUCCGCAGUUUGUGGGCUGUGUUAUUGGUUUGAAUUAUAGAGGUGGGAAAGCAUUGCAUUUUAAAAACCGAGGAUGCUUCUCAUUUUGUGACACGGAACUAACUGCUGACAGCUCGCCUCCGUUUCCUGCCUCCAGCUUUGGUUUUACUUUCACUCUUGACAAACUGCGAGGAGAAGGCAAACGGUGAAAGGAUUUCCUGCUGUCCUUGCCACCAUGUUUCCCCUCCUGCUGGUGCUCUUUGUUUCUAGUCAUCCCUCAUCUGGAGCUCAAAUCCCAAAUCAAGCCAAAGAGCUUCCUGUAGCCACCAAUGGUGAACCCUUCCCUUGGGACCGCAUGAGGCUUCCUGUAACCAUCAGCCCCUUGCACUAUGACUUGACCAUACACCCAAACCUCACCUCCCUGGACUUCACUGGGGUGGUUCGCAUCAGUCUGGAUGUGAAAGAAGACACCAGCAUCGUUAUCCUCCAUGCCAAGCAAAUGCACAUAUCCAACGUGGUUCUCCUGGCUCCUGAGGGCGUCCGGCCUCUACGGGUGCUGGAGUACCCUCGAUUCCACCAGCUUGCUUUGCUGUCUGAAUCAGUUCUGACCAAGGGCAGAAAGUAUGAGGUCCAGAUGGAGUUUGCUGCAAACUUAUCUGACAGCUUUCAUGGUUUCUACAAAGGCAGCUACCGUACGAGCAGCGGGGAGGUCCGGGCCAUAGCAUCGACGCAGUUUGAGGCGACCUUCGCUCGUGGAGCCUUCCCCUGUUUUGAUGAGCCUGCAUUCAAAGCCAACUUCACCAUACGAAUCAUCCGUGAGCCACGGCACAUUGCCAUUUCCAACAUGCCCAAGGUUAAAACAGUGGAGUUGCCAGGCGGUUUGCUUGAGGAUCACUUCGACACAACCGUAAAGAUGAGCACGUACCUGGUGGCCUACAUCGUCUCCGACUUCCUGUCUGUGAGCAAAACAACUAAGCAUGGAGUUAAGAUCUCUGUCUAUGCUGUACCAGAGAAGAUCGAUCAGACGGCCUUUGCUUUGGAUGCUGCAGUGAAGUUGUUAGACUUCUAUGAUGAUUUCUUUGAUAUCCCAUAUCCACUUCCCAAACAGGACCUUGCUGCUAUCCCGGACUUCCAGUCAGGAGCAAUGGAGAACUGGGGUCUGACCACCUACAGAGAGACUGGCCUUCUCUUUGAUCCUGACCGGUCCUCUGCCUCUGACAAACUGGGCAUCACCAAGGUCAUUGCCCAUGAGCUUGCUCAUCAGUGGUUUGGAAACCUGGUGACAAUGGAGUGGUGGAAUGACUUGUGGCUAAAUGAGGGUUUCGCUAAGUUCAUGGAGUUUGUUUCCCUCGACAUCACCUACCCAGAGCUUCAUGUGGAUGACUUCUUCUUGGGAAAGUGUUUUGAGGCGAUGGAGGUAGAUUCUCUGAGCUCGUCUCAUCCAGUUUCUACACCAGUGGAAAACCCCACACAGAUCCAGGAGAUGUUUGAUGAUGUGUCUUAUGACAAGGGGGCAUGUAUCCUGAACAUGCUGCGGGACUUCCUGAGUCCUGAAGCUUUUGAGAUCGGUAUCAUCCGAUACCUGAAGCGCUUCAGCUACCAGAACACUGUGAACAGCCACCUGUGGGAGAGUCUGACUGAUCUCUGCAGCUCAGAUGCUCUGGAUGAAGGUCGACUGAAACACACAGAAUUCUGCUCUAAACGCAAACUCCAGUCUGGAUCCUCUAAGUGGUACUCUGAUGAUGAGCUUGAUGUCAAGACUAUCAUGGACACCUGGACACUGCAGGAGGGCUUCCCACUGGUCACAGUAGAGGUCAAAGGUCGGGAGGUCAGACUCAGUCAGGAGCGUUUCCUGAGGACAGAUGAUCCCUCGCUCACUGAAGGAUUCCUGUGGCAGAUUCCACUAACGUACAUGACCAGUGCUUCCAACACAGUUCAUCGUUUCCUUCUCAAGACAAAGACCGAUGUGCUCUACCUGCCAGAGGAAGUGGACUGGGUGAAGUUUAAUGUGAACAUGAGUGGCUAUUACAUGGUCCACUAUGCUGGUGAAGGUUGGAACUCCAUCAUCAAACUACUGCAGUACAACCACACGGCUCUCUCUGGGAACGACCGGGCCAGUCUCAUCCAGAACGUCUUCCAGCUGGUCAGUGUUGGGAAGGUGAGGCUGGAUACGGCCCUGGAUCUGUCUCUUUAUCUCUCCAAAGAGACUCAGAUCAUGGCUGUGACCCAGGGCUUCGGAGAGCUUGUGCCUCUUUACAAACUGAUGGAGAAGAGAGACAUGACAGUUCUGGAAAAUCAGAUGAAAGGUUACAUUGUGGAGCUUUUCCGGGAUCUGAUUGAUCGUCAAGAAUGGAGUGACUCCGGUUCGGUGUCUGAGCGAGUGUUAAGGAGCUACCUGCUGCUAUUUGCUUGCGUCAGGAACCAUCCUCCGUGUGUAGCCAAAGCCACCAAGCUCUUUAACCAGUGGAAGGAUUCAGAUGGCACCAUGAGCCUCCCUGUUGACAUCACUAUGGCUGUGUUUGUGAUUGGAGCACGGACACCAGAGGGGUGGGACUUCCUCUUUGAGAAGUACCGCACUUCUUUGCAGAUGUCCGUCAAGAGCCGCAUAAAGUCUGCCAUGACCGUCACCUAUCUGAAGGACAAGCUCAAGUGGAUGAUGGAGCAGAGUUUAAUAGGAGAGGUGAUGAAGACCCAGGACCUCCCAGAUGUGGUCGUCUCUGUUGGAAGGAAUCCUCAUGGUUACAAACUGGCCUGGGACUUUCUCCGAGCCAACUGGCACACAAUGAUCAAGAAGUUUGACCUUGGCUCUCACUCUGUAUCAUACAUGGUGCUUGGUGUGACCAACCAAUACUCUACCAGGGAGAUGCUCCAGGAGAUACGGAGCUUCUUCGACUCGCUGACAGAGGAAACUGGGUCAAAAAUGAGGUGCAUCCAGCAGACCUACGAGACCAUUGAGGAUAACAUCCGCUGGACAGACGCCAACUUUCCUCUGCUAGAAGCUUGGCUGAACAAGCACCAACACAGACCACCUCAUGAAGACUUAUAGAGCUAGGGGAGUAGUUUUUGUUUUUACUCCACUGUUCAAGCAGAUUCUGGUUUCUCUUUCCAGAGGUGAAACCAAAUUAGAUUUUUUAUUAAGAUUUUAUGGAGCUCGGUUGGUUCUUCAAACCUUCACCAACAGAUCCUGACUGGAGCUCUUUCUUUAUCUGGAUUUGUAAAGAGCAGCCCAGAUUAAGGAGCAGACGAAAGGCGCUUUUCUACUGGAAAGUUGUGCACAACCAGUUUGUUGACAUAAAAUCAACUUUAUGUCAGUCACAAACUCUAAACAUUUUGCACUAAAACACUGACAAAAAUCUUUAUUUUUGAAAAUGUGAUUAGUGUAAUUAAAUCUACUAAGAUGUUUUUUUCUUCUUUCUCAAAUCAUGCUACUUAUUGUUUUAAGCUUCUCUACAGUACAUCUAAAAAUGUACAAGUAGUAUUUAAUUCCAGACCCACCAAAUAUAAAGUUAUUUACAUUGAGGAAGAAAAAUGUUUCUUAAAAUAUUCACCAUACUUAAGAAAAAACUGUUUAUAACUUAACAAUUAAAGGUACUUUGUUCAGAGCUGUAAACACUGUGCCUGAAUAUUUCUUCUCUGCGUUGCCUGAAUUGAUUUUGAGUGUGUGUUUUGGUGUAUAAGUGUGAGCUUAUGUCAGGUGUGUGGUGAAAUUUGUUUUUAACUGCUGUGAAGUUGUGAUUUUGUAAAAUAAAUCUGGACUGAAGAUGCAUUUUUCCAGAGAACUGUAAGAAAUAUGCUGUUCAACAAAUUCUUUAUUGUAAGGUAUUUUACUACCAGAUAGUUUUUCACUAGUAGCCCAACACAAAAGAGAAGUGAAAAGGAUGAAGAUUGUAUAUGAUUUUUUAGGGGAGAUUCAAAUAAUGCUUUUUUUUUUUUUUUUUUAUUGUGUAAACAGAAUGGGGAAAAUAAAUGACAGUUUAUGAGUUCUUUUUUUGUUUUGAAAGUGGGAAUAGGUGAAGAUCCUCUUGGCAGUACUUGUCAAAUGUGUUGUAGACAUGCUCUCAUUUAUGAGAAAGUCAGUGACGUUCACGUCACUUCGGCUUCAUAAUGUUCUUAUUUUGUUUUGUCGGGUGGAAAAAAUGUUUAUUGAAAGAAAUUUGGGGAAAAAAUAAAGUUUGUUUCAUCUUUGGUUGUC